GGCAUCUCGAUGCACGCCUUUUUUUGGCGCAUCCAAGCGCGUUGAGGCUCGUCGCGACGGCUAACUUUGUUCUGUGCUUGUUUUCUCGAUCUCUGCGCGCUGUGCUCCGCCUUCGUCGUGAGGCCGUCGCCUAACAGCCAACAAAAAGCUCUUGGAUCUUUGGGCUGCAGCACGCGCGCGGAAAGGACGCGCGCGGCUGGACAAAAGGAACAAAGCCAUGCGGCGCUCUCUAGCCGUGCUGGCGCUCUGCGUCGUCGAAGCGCUCCGACCGUCUCCACCAUUGACGCGCCGCCAAAGCACGAACAGCCCGGACCUAGAAGAAGAAGCCCGCAUCCGCGCGAAGCUCGAGGACCACGCGGCCCAGCAGCGCGGCCGCCACGCGAAGAAAAAACUAAGCCCGGCAGCCCAGCGCCGCCGGGCGAAGCGCGGCGCGUCCUUCGAGGCGGCCCAAGAUAUUGGAAGAGAACUCGCCGAGCAAUUGAGGGAUAAGAAAACGUUGGAUAAUGAGGCAAGGGAGCUGCUCCAGGAUUUAGUAUCGACGACGUCGGGCGCGCGCGGCUGGUUCGUGUCCCUGCUCACGGACGACGACCUCGCGCAACUGUUCGUGCCACCGAUCGAUGAUGCUUUGUUAGAACCCAUCGCCGCGCGGCCCGAGCCGAACUUGCGGUUAUGUGUGAUGAACGUGGCCAUGAGCGCGGCGACGGCGGUGGCGCACGAGCGCGACGGGCAUCGGGACCUGGCCGCGGCGUCGCGGGCGACGUCGUUACGAUCGGCGGCUUUGUGUACCGCGCUUUUGGAAAGAGACAUGAUGGCGGGUCUGGCCGAGGCGCUGCGCGCGUUGUACGAGGCCGCGGCGCCGCGCGACGACGACUUGGGGGAGCUGGGCGAGAUUCUCGGGCUGUCGUCGGACGCGGCGCCGUCUCACGUGGACGAGGACUGGGCCGCGUUCCUCGACAAGUGGCGCUACGGCCCGGACCAGCGCGCGGCGAUCCGGCGGACGUUGUAUGAGAACUGGGCGCCGAUCGUCCGGAGGGAGGUCUCCUCGGUCGCCGCCGCCCCUGAGGACGAGCCUGAGUAACAACUACUCCAUAGAUCGAGGACGGAGGACACGCAAUG